CUUUUUCCCGAAGGUGUUUUGUUUAUAAUUGUGACAGUGACAAUCAAAUACCGCAUUCAUUCGUGUGAAGUGAAAAUGCUGUUGAAGGUUGUGAUCAGCAACUUCAAAACCUACGUAGGAAACCACGAAUUCGGCUCUUUCGAUCGUCUUGGCAUCGUCGGAUUCACUGGAGUAAAUGGAAUCGGGAAAUCAAACUUAUUCGAUGCUAUUGGAUUCGGACUUUGCGCCGACAAAGUGGUCCUUCGUGCUUCAUCACUUGGACAGCUUCGUGCUCGAGUGAAGGAUACAGAUGCUAAUCUCAGUCAAGUGAAGUUAGUGUUCAGGGACGUUGAGAACGGGGCUGAAAUUUGUCUGAGCCGUACCUUGACAAGAUCUGGGGAGAAAACCUCAUUCGCCAUGAACGGGAAUAACGUCAGUAAAAACGCGUACCUGGCGCAAGUUGCUGCUCUGGGGUUCUGUCUCGUUGCUCGCAAUUUCACAAUGCGUCACGAGGAGAUCAUCGCCAUGGUCACGAUGUCCGGAGCUCAAAGGUUCCAGAUGUUCGUUGAUCUCUCAGGAACCCGUGAGUUGUUCAACGAAAGCAAAGAGAUAGCAUCCAGAGUGGCCAGUGCUCUCAAGGAAGCCGAGAAAUUGAAGAAUCUGAAAGCUGAUAUUUUGGCGGUUGCGAAGAAUCACCGGAAAACCCUGAGCGGGUUAAAAGAAUUUGAAAAUCUCAACGGAGAAAGCGAAAUGCUGAUGGUGGAAGCUGCUUUGAUACGCGUACGAUUGGCCGAGAAGCGCAUCGAAGGUGUUGAAGAAGAGAUCAGUGCUCUGAAGGACGAAUACAGUAAAAUGAAGCAGAAGGAAAUUACGGAAAACCUAGAACAACGUAUAAAAUCACUGCUGAAUCAAGUUGAGGAAGCUCAAAAUCGGCGAGUUGUGAUUCGCGGAACCUUGAUGGAUAACGAAGCCUUGCUGAGCAAGUUGUGGGAAGCAUUCAGGGAGUCUGAAAGCAAGCGAAGUGAGAUCCACCUGAUUCUCCGAAACGUGGAGCGAAAACUUGAGCAAGAAAUGCUGAUGGUGGAAGCUGCUUUGAUACGCGUACGAUUGGCCGAGAAGCGCAUCGAAGGUGUUGAAGAAGAGAUCAGUGCUCUGAAGGACGAAUACAGUAAAAUGAAGCAGAAGGAAAUGACGGAAAACCUAGAACAACGUAUAAAAUCACUGCUGAAUCAAGUUGAGGAAGCUCAAAAUCGGCGAGUUGUGAUUCGCGGAACCUUGAUGGAUAACGAAGCCUUGCUGAGCAAGUUGUGGGAAGCAUUCAGGGAGUCAGAAAGCAAGCGAAGUGAGAUCCACCUGAUUCUCCGAAACGUGGAGCGAAAAAUUGAGCAAGGGAAGCAGGACAAGCAGAGACUUGUGGAAUUGAUAGGUAACCUGGAGACAAAUGCUCCUGUACAAACCAGUGCCAAUUUCGAGCAAGAAUCGUCCCUCAUGAUGGCGGAAGAGUCAGUCUUCUGCGAACUUCUGGAAAGGCUUUCUAUUGCGGACAGAGAACGUGUGCAGACUACGAAGCAGCAGGUGAUGAAUCGAGUCAGUGACAAAUUCCCGAUUCUGAUGGCGAAGUUGGAAAGCAUCAAAACGUUGGAGACUAAAAGGGAUGCUGAAAACACCACAGUCAAGGGCUUAUCAGAGAAAUUGAAUAAUUUGACGAAUUUACUGAUCGGAGAUACGGAAAAAUGCAUUGAAGCUGCGGAGAAGAACAUAAGGGCUGCUGAAAUCAAGGUUGCGGAGGAAAAAGAACUUCUGAAAACAUCAGACGAAGCAAUGAAGAGCAACGCUUUGGAUUUGAUGUCGAAUGCGAAGCAAGCGCAAGAACUUCGGCUGGAACUGAGAAGAGUGGAGAGUAAAAGUGAAAUGAACAGCUACACUGCCGAAGUGUCGAGAGCCGUGAAAGAACUUCGUCGACACGUUUCCUCGUCUGAUGUUUUGGGUUCAUUCCAUGACGUGCUCAUGUACGCCGGACCAGGAUCGUUGAAACCUGCAAUGGCACGAAUGGUCUUGGCAAAGAAGGGCCACAUCGUGAUCAAAGAUUUGCGCACUGCUUUCCAAUGUCUCCGAUUCCUGGAAACAUCACACCUGGCGAAUAUGAUGCAUAAAUUUCGGCUUAUAAUCCUAGACGAUCUGCGUGUCCUGAAGAAUCAAAAACCCGCGAUGUUGCCUCCGAAAGCUGUUUACCUCAGCAGUCUUCUGCGGAAAAAUGUCGGAUGCGUCAUCAGUGACGAGGAUUUCUCCAAGCUCAGAAAUCAUUUCGUUGGCAACGCCGUCGUCUGUCGGACUUUGGAAGAAGCUGAUGAUCUGUGGUGUAGGCUGCAGCAGAAGCAUUACGUGAUUGCUGGUGAUGGGACGAUGAUCGACACGCGUGGAUGCCUGGUGGUCGGCGGUAAAACGUUGCGAGAGGAAAUGGAGCUAUUUUUCGAAGGGAACGAAAGCUUCGGAUCCCAAGAGAAGCGCGCUGACUUGGAAGGAAGAUUGCAAAAUUUGGAAAUUGCUAGGCUGGCGUUGGUUGCGGAAAGUGUGAGGUUAGCGCGAGUCAGGCAGGAAUUGCUGAUAGUAAAGCAAGCGUUGGACCAUGAAGCAGAUGCUUGCAAGCAGAAGCUUUCAAAUUUGAAGAAAAUGCGGACUGAACAAACCGCGGAAGUCCAAAAGCUGACGGCUCUGAUCAAAGACAAAAAGACUGGGUUGACGUAUAUUUCGACGCAAAUGAUCGAACAGAAGCAGGAAAUUUCGCGGAUUCGUUCGGAAAUCUGCGAGCUUGAAAAGCGGACUUUUGAGCCUCUGGCUCGGGAGCUGGGAUUAAAUUUGAAAGACCUGACGACUCUGGCUCAAUUUGGCAGGGACCAGUUUACAGUCGCUGCGAGUCGCAGUGCUGCUGAACACGUCCGAUUGUCGAAAGAGCGACGGGCUCAGGAAAACCUGGCUGCGAAAAAGCACGAAUUGACCCGCGUUGAU